AUGGGAAGUGACGACGAGUCUUCGCCUAAGAUCAAGCUCUCCGUGAAGACCACGACGACUUCUUAUGAAAUCGAGGUCCAGAAAAAUGCGCAAAUCAGUGAGGUCAAACAGAUCCUCGGCGAGAAAGUCGGUGCCACGUCGGACAAGUUGUGCAUCAUCUUCUCGGGAAAAAUUUUGAAGGACCCAGAAACGCUCGAAAAAUAUAACAUCACCGAUGGAAUGUCCUUGCACUUGGUGGUCCGACAACAGGCUCAACAGGGCGGCGCCUCAGCAACGUCGACACCUACAACAAGGCCACAAAAUCCUUCCGCCGCACCAAAUAACCCAGCAGAGGCAGCAGCCUUCAAUCAAUUCAGUGCAGCAAAUCCGGGAAUGGGAAUGCAACAAAUGAUGGCCAAUCCCGAGUUGAUGCGACAAAUGAUGGACUCGCCAAUCAUGCAAGGUAUCUUCAACAAUCCUCAAAUCUUCCAGUCGAUGCUAACGUCUAAUCCUCAAGUUCAACAACUGAUUGAGCAAAACCCGGAACUUGCCCACAUUCUUAACGAUCCAGAAAUGAUCAGAAGAACGAUGGAGAUCGUCCGUAAUCCAAAUAUGUUCAACGAGAUGAUGCGAAACCAUGACAUUGCCAUCAGAAAUUUGCAGGGAAUACCCGGUGGAGAAGCUGCUUUACAACGUCUCUAUCAAGAUGUACAAGAGCCACUUCUCAACUCAGCAGCUUCGUCAUUAGGAGGAAAUCCAUUUGCCACUGGUGGAGCAAAUAGCGCUGAUAAUGCAACUUCUCGAUCUCAAAGGGCUGGAGUUGAAAAUGCGGAUCCAUUGCCGAAUCCAUGGGCUGCUCCACAGCAGCGUGAUGGUUCUGGGCAACCAAAUAGCGGUCGAACAGGCUCCGCUGCUGCUCCUGGUGCAAAUUUGAUGGGAAAUCCAGCGUUGUCCGCAUUGAUGCAACAAAUGAUGCCGGGCGAGGGCAAUCCUAGCGCAAUGUUCAAUCCGGAUAUGAUGCAACAGUUAAUGGGAAAUCCACAAUUCAUGCAACAGAUGACCGAAGCAAAUUCUCUUAUUGCCAACAAUCCCGAAUUGGCGGCUCAACUCCAACAGCGCAUGCCUCAAAUGAUCCAAGCGAUGUCGAAUCCCGAGAUGCAGCAAGCUAUGUCGAAUCCACGAGUGAUCGAAGCGAUGAGGCAAAUCCAACAGGGCGUCGAAGUACUACGCACUGAAGCUCCAUUCUUGUUAAAUGGUGACUUGAUGGGCGGUGGUGGUGGUGGCCGUCCCGAUGACUCGUAUCGAUCGAUGCAACAACUUUUUAGCCGUAUGGGAAUGGGUAGCGCUGCCGCACCGCCUGGCGCUCCUGAAGCAAACCUGGAGCAACGGUACGCUUCACAAUUGGAUCAACUUGCCGGAAUGGGUUUCAACAAUCGUGCUGCCAACAUUGCGGCUCUACAAGCAACGUUUGGUGACGUGAACGCGGCGGUCGAGCGUCUCCUGAGCGGUCUC